UAGCUGUACAAAACUGCUGCUUCCGCACUGCUUCCUUGUUUAUUAGUUUUAGGGAAAGUAGUACCUCUAGAAGAGAAAAGUUUAAUUUUUUUCACUCCUCUGGAAGCUGCCACAACUCUUCCACAAGACUUUCGGAUCCACACCUUCUUCAAGCGAGAAGUUCACGGGUGAUUGGGGAUUUUUUUUUUUUUUUUUAAGGUGUCGCGCUUCAUCAAACCAAAGAGUUUAGUCUGAAUGGCCACAGCUGCAGAGGAGCCUCCAGGGCUGCAGGGCAACACUGCCAACCUGCAGAGUCAGUUCUGGAGGAGACUGUCUUCUCUCCGAGAUUCAACCGGGACUCGAAAAAAUGCUUCUGCAGAGGGUCCAAGUCCACACAUGUCUCAGGCCAUGAAAAAAACUAUCGGCCAUCGUGGAAUCGAUCCCACUGGAGAGACGACAUACAAGAAGACAACAUCAUCGGCUCUGAAAGGUGCUAUCCAGUUAGGCAUCACACACACAGUUGGUAGUUUAAGUCAAAAACCGGAGAGAGACGUGCUGCUGCAGGACUUUGAGGUGGUUGAAAGCAUCUUCUUUCCCUGCGAGGGCAGUAACCUGACACCCGCUCACCAUUAUGGAGACUUCAGGUUCAAAACAUACGCUCCAAUCGCCUUUCGCUACUUCAGAGAGAUGUUUGGCAUCCGUCCUGAUGACUACAUGUAUUCUCUGUGCAACGAGUCGCUGAUCGAGCUGUCCAACUCUGGAGCCAGUGGGUCUCUCUUCUACGUCUCCAGCGAUGACGAGUACAUCAUUAAGACAGUUCAGCACAAAGAGGCAGAAUUUCUACAGAAACUACUGCCAGGAUACUUCAUGAACCUGAACCAGAACAAGCGGACCUUACUACCAAAGUUUUAUGGGCUGUACUGUGUCCAGGCAGGCGGGAAAAACAUCCGCAUUGCAGUCAUGAACAAUUUGCUACCAAGCGCUGUACGAAUGCACCUCAAGUACGAUCUGAAGGGUUCCACCUACAAGCGGCGGGCCUCGGCUAAAGAGAGAGAAAAGACUGUUCCCACGUACAAGGACCUGGACUUCAUGCAGGACAUGCCUGAUGGUCUGUUACUGGAGGGGGACAAGUUCACUGCUGUUUGCAAGACCAUCCAGAGAGACUGUCUGCUCUUGCAGAGUUUCAAGAUUAUGGACUACAGCCUUCUGGUUGGAAUUCAUAAUUUAGAUCAGGCCUGUCAAGAGCAGGCAAGCGAAGAGGCGGUGGCCGGAGCCAUGGACCAAAGGAGGCCGCAGGGCCAGAAGUCCCUGUACAGCACAGCUAUAGAGGCCAUUCAGGCCGAGACAGGAAACAUGGGACCACUGGACACAGAGGACAAAACGGGAGGAAUCCCUGCACGAAACUCAAAAGGCGAGAGGCUGCUGGUCUACAUUGGUAUCAUCGACAUUCUGCAGUCCUAUAGAUUAGUAAAGAAGCUUGAACACUCCUGGAAAGCUCUGGUUCACGAUGGGGACACCGUAUCAGUACACAGACCAGGUUUCUAUGCGGAACGAUUUCAGAAAUUCAUGUGUAGUACAGUCUUCAGAAAGGUUUCAUCUAAAACCUCCCCGUGUAAGAAGCGCCGUGCAGUGACUCAUGGUCCUAUGAGGAGAGCAGGUGGACCUCCUCUGUCGACCCAAACCAGCAGCACCAGCAACCCGCUGCCUUUACUCCAACACCAGAUCAGCUCAGACACCAGAGAGGACACUGAAGGAGACAACGACAUACAGUCAGGACGUCCCGACCUCCUCCCAAAGACUUUACUGCCCAGUGACGCUGCUAGCAGCGCUUCUGAAACCUCCUCCCUGGGAAACCCUGGAUUUGCUCCCUCAAGUCAGCCUCUGCCUCCACCUCCCUCUCAGGACACCUCCAGAUCAGUGGAAGUAGCUUUGAACAGCUCACCGAGCAGAGACCAGGAGUACAGCACCCCCAAGAGAGCUCAGUUUGGGACUCUUGAAGAAAGCGUCGGUGGUGCAGAUGCGAUCUCACUCAGUGAUAUAAUUCCUACCACAAGCAAAUGUGCAGUGUAGAUGUGGGAAAGAGGCCUGAACUCAAACGCACCAAAACAAACCUGGAGGAUGAUCUGAACACGGCUAAAAUGUUUCCACCACCUUAGUGUGAUUUGAGGUACCAGAAUUAAAAAAGUUAUGCAGCAACACCAUUGAGAUUUUUAUUACAUGAUUUUUUUUUCUUGUUUUUUUGCACUUUAUUUUCUAAAUCUUAACGUGGUAUGAGCAUGUAAGUGGGUGGUUGUGUUCUGACACUAGUAAUUGCAGGUACAUUAGUGCUGUGGUCAUUGAAUACUAGUAUUCAUCUCAUAGAAAUGCCCAUAUUCAUAAUCACACAUUGUUUUUGUCACUUAACUGCUCAGUUAAGCCAACAUUCAGUGUAAAGUGUAACACGAAGUCUUAUUUGAGAACAGAUAUUCUUAAUUAAGGCUUAGUUAUUUCAAAUUUAUUAUCCUUUUUGGAAUUAAUUCCUCUUUUUUCCUUUUGCAAACUUCUCUUUCUAAGUUUCUGUCCCAUCACCCAGAGGCCUUGAGUCGAGAGUACUGUUUCUGCUUUAUGUUUCGCUUAAACGCUUUAACUUAAAACCAUAUUAUAUUGAGUGGAUUUUAAAUAAAAUGUUUUCUUUUUGAAGAAACUACUGUAUCUUAUAUGGGUAAGCUCCUUUUUCAAGCUUACUUUGAAUGCAAAUAAUGCUGGAAAAACACUUUUUAUUUGACCAAAUAUUCUACUGGACCUGUACCACUUUAGAGACUGUGAAUUCUGCGUGUCACCACUAAUGUAGUGGUCAAAGGGUUCUUUUCAAAGGAGGUUGUUUUUUUUAUACUGUAUUUUAUGUGGUCUGAUAUCAGUUUCAGGUUUAGCUUGUAGACCAGCUUGUGGUCCAGUAUGACUGAUACUGAUGCUUAGAUGGCUAUUGACAAACCACCACAACAAAUAGCUACUGGGGGCCUGUCUCAGGAAGCAACACUGGACUGAAUUGUUGGAAUAUUGGCUAAUGCCACUGACCAAACCUAGAAACAGCAGCUUGUGUUCAGGCUCGCAAAUGAAAAUGUGCAAAAAAUACCCCAGAAAUACAAGAACCACCUCCUCACUAAUCGAACACCAAAGAGCAUGUCAUGACAUUAUUACAAACUAGUACAAUCACUUUGUUCUCAUUGUAGUUUAUGAUAUUGAAAAUGGUAUUAUAGCAGUGAAGCGGUAGCGAUUGUUUGUAGUUUUAUGUAGCGCCCCACGCUAGCAACAAAUAGCAGAGCUAACGGGAGUUCUUGUUUUAGUGUCUGUGCUAAUUAAAAUUAACUGUUGCAUGUUGAUUGCACUGCUUUGUUUUCCUGGAGAACAAUGGGUGUAUUUUUUACAUUUUAAAGUACAGUAACGCAGUCUAGUUUAAGGUCCCUGCAGUAAUGCGUAACGUUCUGAAGGCCGUAAUGUUCAGUUUUUAUUGAAACGGUUUAUAGCAGAGGUGUCAAACUCAUUAUAGUUCAGGGAACACAUUCAGCCCAGUUUGAUCUCAAGUGGGGCGGACGAGUAAAAUCACAGCAUAAUAACCUGUGAAAAAUAACCACAACUCCAAGUUUUUCCCUUUGCUUUAGUGCAAAAAAAAUCACAUUUAAGGAAUUAUCUUACAAAAUAUUACAAAAAUGAGACACAAAACAACCAAAGCGAGAAGCAAAAUGACAAAAAAAUGAGACAAGUGACACUCAACAAAACAAAAAAAGAGACAAAAAAUUAGACAAAAAAGUUAUAGAGCGACAAAAAAAAUGGACAAACGACCAAAACGAGUCAAAUAAUGACAUAAAUGACACAAAUGAGGCAAAAAAAACGAGAAACAAAACAGCAACAACAUGAGACAAAUGUCAAAAGUCUGACAAAAAAACGACAAAAACAAGACAAAAUAUUACAAAAAUGAGACAAAAUGACAAAAAAAGACAAACAACAAAAAAAUUUGACAAAAGAAAUUACAAAGCAACAAAAAAUGGACAAACAACACAAGUGAGACAAAACGACAAAAGCCAUACACAAUUUGAUCUCAAGUGGGCCGGACCAACAAAAUCUUAGCAUAAUAACCUAUAAACAACAAUAGCUUUUUCCUUUGUUUUAGAGCAAAAAAGUAUGUUCUGAAAAUGUUCACCUUUAAGGAAUUACUUUUUUACAAAACGUCAUGAACAACCGGAAACUUCUUAAGAAAAAUAAGUGAAAUUUCAACAAUAUUAAACCUCAGUUUAUCAUUUGUGCAUCACAACUUCCAGAUCACAGAGUGUCUGCAAAGGCACAGAACAUUUAGUCACAGGUAUCUGGAACUGAACAAUAUAGUAUUAGACUUCAUGCUCAAAACGACGCAAAAAAAGACAAAAAUCAACAAAAUAUUACAAAAAUGAGACACAAAGUGGCAAAAAAUAGACAAACAACACAAGCGAGACAAAAAAAAACAAGGACAAAGACGAGACAAAAAGGAAACACAAAAACAAGAAACAAAAGAACAAGCAUGAGACUAAUGACAAACGUCAGACAAAAAAACCCAAGACAAAAUCUUACAAAAUGAGGCACAAAAUGACAAAAGAACAAUGAGUAAUCUAGUAUUUUACAACUUGUCAUGGUCUAGAAAUUAUUUUAAAUUUACAGUGUUACAAAUUUGCAAUUUGCAGUUAAUGUCUUCUCUGCAAUUUUUACACUUUAGCAAGUCGUCCUGAGGACCGGAUUGGACCCUCUGGAGGGCCGGUUUUGGCCCGUGGGCUGCAUGUUUGACAGCCCUGGUUUAUAGAGUUGUAAAUUCAACUGAUAAUUUGGAAGCAGUUGGUGUAGUUUUAUUGCGCUAUACCGACAGGUGUUUGUAUUAUUUUGUCCACCACAUCUAUAUCGGUGAGGCUCAAUAGAAGAACUGUAACUGAGUGUAAAAAACAAAGACACCUGAGACCAGACUGCAUUAAUGUCAUCCAGACAUGCAGAUACAAACAAGCUGAUGUGCCCUUCAGUGGUUUAGACAUGGCGCCCCCUAGCAGCCAGUCUGUGCUAAAGCAACAACCAAGGUGUACGCUUGUUUUCAGUGUGGUUUGAUUAGCUAGAUUAUGCAAAAAAACAAACAAACUCAGGAGUCUCAGUGGAGCAUUCGUAGUGGAAGAAGCCUUCAUAUUUUGGUGUGAAUCUGGAUCAGUUUCUUUAAAACUGCACGAUAGGGCACAGGCCUUGGCAGAGGACUUUGCUGUCCAAGUGCCUUUCUAAUUGAUGUUUUAUAGAUAGUGUGUAUAUAUGCGUGUAUGUCUGCCCUGUUAUAUUUUACAUUUAUCGCCACUAAAUGUUUUAUAAACUGCAACAUGUCUCACAGGAUGGAUUAGAAGGACUUGCAUGCGUAUUGUCUGUCCUCUUGUUCUCCUACUUACUAAAUACUGGGGUGGGAUGUGUCGGAAAUAAGAAAUGCAGGUUUGUACGAGUUUGCUGCUUAAAAUCUGAACUAUAAACUUGGAUGGUACCACAUUUUCUUAAAGUAUUUUAGUCAAACUUUUUCACUAUUUGCUGCUAUGUGUAAACUCACUAUGAAACAGAUUGCAACCUAAUAUAAAAGCCGAUGCUGUGCUGCUUUUAGGAUCUGUUCUUUUAAAUUACCAUUCUUGCUUUUUGUUUGUGUAUUUCCUAAACAUUACUCUUAAAGUUACUCACAGAACUCAUCAGUUAUAUUAAUUCUAAUCCUGAUAUGACCUUUGUUGCUGCAAUUCCUCACAUGAAUAUGCAUUUUCUCCCUGUGUCUUAUUAAAUUCUGUUGCUGAUUUGCUCAUGUUGCAUGUGUAAUUACAAACAUUGCCUCUCAAUUAGGCCAGUAAACUUAGUUAGGAGAGCCAGUUUUGUAAAAAUGAGUUUUCCAGAUUUGCCAGUGUUCAGCGUAGUGGGGCUGAUAACUUACCGAGAGGUUUUUGAGACAGGCCCCGACUUAUUUUUCACUGGGAAACAUGGUGAUGGCUGCUUGUGUGUGAGAGUGAACAAGACAAAAUGGUUUAUUUGCUUUCUGAUGUUGUGGUUGGGUCACAGUAAAUUGUUAGAGAGUUGUUUGAUAUUUGAAAAUGCAGAAAUUAGAACUUUAAAAAGCCUGUAAUUUAUAUGUCUCAACUAUGCAACAUAAUUCUUUGUUUACAGCAAACAAAUUAAUAAACUGUGCAAUAUGUGUAUUUAUUUGACAAUUUUCCAACCAAGAUGGAUUAUUUGAACAUUUUAUGUGACCAGUAAAUGAUAUGUACAGAUCAUUUGUCUGUUCCAACAUUGAAAGUGAAACUGUGCCUCAUUGUGAAACCACCAGAACACACGCAGCCGAUGAACCAAACAUGUAAAUAGUCGUAUUUAUUAUUGUAUUUAUUGCUGUAUGUAUAGCUCCGGUUUCCAAAAUGUUUCUUAAUGGUGACGGUGGAUUGAAAACACACCUGUAUCUGUGGUAAAUGACUGUUGAAAGGUAAAAACUUUUGUUUUCUGUCAUUUUGAUUGUUAUGUUUAUUAUAACAACUGUAAAAUCAUCCUGUUUUUUUUUCUCUGAUUUGUCUUUACUUGCCUUUGAAUGGUGUAAAUGUUUACACAUCUAUGUAUAUGCAAGAAUCACAAUAUGAAUUUACACAUUUUUUUCAGUCUCGCUCUUUUGGGGAAGGUUUUGUACACUUGUACCUGAAAUUAUUAAAGAAAAAAAGACACACGG